AUGCUUCAGUGGAGAAUGAAUGGACAACAGCUGCAGGCAGCGGCUAUAGUCGCCGGAGCCUCAGCGUUCUUAUACUUCCUAACGAGGUUUUACAUGGCCCGUGAGAAGAUAAGGAAAAUGCAAAGGGCGAACUUGCCCAUGCCAAAGUUUUCGUUCUUUGCAGGUCACUUCUUGGUGAUCGGCAAGAUCAUGCGCUCCCUACCAUCCGACUCUACCAUUCACAACAUGAUGUGGCAGAUCUCCAAAGACUACCCGAAAGGCAUUUUCUACGUCUGUCUAUGGCCUUUUAGCAAAACUACAAUGGUAAUCACCGAUGCGCAUGCAGCAUCGCAGCUCGAGGGGCGUGUUUUCGCGAAAGGCGCCACUAUCAUUGAUCCACUGGAGAAGAUUACCGGCGGCAAAAGUUUGCUGACUAUGGAUGGCGAAGAAUGGAAGCGCUGGCGGCGACUUUUAAGCUCCGGGUUCAGUUCCAAUUAUAUGAUGGGUUUGGCACCUCUAAUUGCAGAUGAAGUAGCUGUCUUUCGGCAGAAGCUACUGGAUCGAUGUUCGCAAGGUCGUAGUGAAAUGUUUCAGCUGGAAGACUUAACUAUGAGACUAACUUUUGACGUGAUCGGUUCUGUGGUGUUAGAUACAAAAUUUUGCCACCAAAUUCAAGAUCACCCGCUGGCAGCAACUCUUAGGAAGCAGAUCCAAUGGACCUCUUUCAAAGAGCCGUUAAGUCCGCUGACCAAGUUGUUCACGAUACGGCCGCUAGUGCAGUGGUUUUAUGGCAGGCAGCUAGACCGUCACAUCUCAGUAGAGCUUGAAAAACGUCUGAUGGAACGCGCCGAACAUCGAGCAUUACCAACUGGUGGUGUAAAGUCAAGAUCAAAAUCCAUAGUGUCUUUGUUCAUCGAUGAAUAUUUCAAGGAAGUUGGAGAAAAAGAAGUCGAGAAAACCAAUGUGGUAAUCAAGAAGAUCAUCACCCCACAAAUACGGCUUUUCUUGUUUGCCGGACACGAGACCACGAGCAGCACAUUACUCUACUGCUAUCACCUCCUCUCCAAGAACCAAGACGUGCUGUCCCGCGUGAUAGCUGAAACCACUCAAGUUUUCGGCCCUAAUCCAGCAGAGGUUCAGGACAAAAUCCGCAAAGACCCCCAGCUUCUUAACAAAACAACUUACACUACGGCAUUUAUUAAAGAAGUACUUCGCAUAUUUGCUCCAUCCGGGUCCAUGCGCCAGGGGCGUCAAGACACUGUAAUUAUCGAUCAAGACGGCAAAGCACACCCUACUGUUGGCUGUAACGUAUGGACAGUCACCCAGGCUCUACACCAUAACCCCAGAUACUGGAAGGACCCUGAACUUUGCAUCCCGGAGCGCUGGCUUGUUGGACCGGAAGAUCCUUUGUACCCCCCCAAAGGCGCAUGGCGGCCCUUCGAAUGGGGCCCGAGGAAUUGCAUCGGUCAAACCCUAGCUAUGAUUGAAUUGAAAGUCGCGUUGGUGAUGACAGUUCGAGAAUUUAGCUUUACAGCAGCAUAUGAAGAGUGGGAUAAGCUUCAUCCUACCGGUGGGAUAAAGACGGUAGAUGGUGAAAGGGUGUAUCAAUCUGUGGAAGGUGGGGGUGGAGCCCGUCCAGCGGACGGGUUCCCCGUACGGAUCGAAUUGCGGAAGAGCUCCUAG